AUGUCGACUAAAACUGCCAGUGCAGCUCAUAGCGCGCUACCUUGCUCGAAGACAGCAAUGUCUUUCGCGAGUGACGAUGAGAUGUCUACCGAACUGGCGGUCGCCGGCAAUGCAGUAAUGAGCAGUUUGUACGCACGUUAUGCAGGCGAGAGCAGUAAAAUCUAUGCAGGCGAGAGCAGUAAAAUCGAUUCAACGACAUUCUUGGCCGAUAUCGAUGCGGCUGUGCAGGAGAUCCAGCGUGUGUGGACUGGUGUGGCUUCUGAAGCUGAAGCUGCUGGCAUCUUGACUGCUGCCAAAGACUGUAGAACAGCGCCACCGGACCCUGUACAAGCAGAGCUUGACGGUGUAGAUAAAGAGCACGAGCGACUAUGGCGUUUUGCUGAAGAUGCUCGCAAGUCCUUUGGAGCAAGUGAAAGCCAGGAUUCUGCACAAGGCGAUGAAAGGCUUGACUACAACAGAGGAGUGGAUUUACCCGAUUGUGAUGGCUCACUCAAAUGCUGA